UCGUCUCGUAACCUGAAGUUGAAGGAGUCCCCCGGUCUGAAAGUGACGACCACAACAUCAAUUUGAAGAAGGGGGAGCACGUGGUUAAGUACGUCUUAUAAAUAUCCUUCUACAACCGGCCGCAUGCUGUUGUGACACUGGCAACAUCAGCUCUGUGGAACGGUUUUCAGCAAGAAGGGAUGGAGGAACGCGUCAACGGUUUACCAUUGUAUUAAAAGGAAUUAUCUUUAUACUUCAACGUACUUUCCAUACUUUUGAUUUUAAAAAAUCCCGCAAUUUCUCCAUUUAUAUUGACCCAACACAUGCGUUAUAACAACUUUUAAUAGGUUAUAUCUCCUCGAGACGACACCUUGCGAGUACCAGGACGGGUUGAUUUUUGCACUGUUGUAUGUUAUUCUGUCAAGAACCGCGAUGCAACUGCUCAGCGAAGCCGAUCUUGAGAUAGAGAAAUCAAAGACGGACUUGUGCUGAGCGCGGUACUGGCCACAGUUGGAAAGCUCGCAGCGCUCUGAUGCGGUGGAGGUGUGCGCUAACCCACAGGCUACACGUCUGUUCUGUACAACUGGAGAUAGCGAGCUAGCUGGUUGUACUUUGUUUAACUUCAAGGUUUUUGUAUUAAACUUUCAUUGCAAUUUGAUGGCCACAAUUCGGUCUUUUUGUUUGGACAAUUAUAACUUUACGCGCGUUUAGUAUGCGUUUAUUGUGAAGUGAUUGGUAAUAUACAUAGCCUACUGCUGCUGUCUGCUCCCCGUAUAACGGAUUUUACAGAUUAUUUCCCUUCCAUGGUUGUUAAAUGGAUUUCCAGGUACAUUUUGAAAUACUGUGCUGAAACUGGGAUCACAAAACUACCACGUUUCCCAAUAUUUAGGCUACAAGUAGUUAAGUGUGUAUGCCUAUAUUUAGUGGUAAAAAAUACAAUAUUUUGGCUUUUUUUCAUGUUUAUAUUGCUUUUCUGUUAAAUCUAAAUUCCCUUUCCAAGGCCGCUUUAUCGUUUUUUGUCAAGAUUUCAAGACGUUGCUGUAGUCUACUUUUAGAGUUCACAAUGAACUACUGCGUUUUAAGUCUUCUCCUGACCUUGGAUUUAGCCACUGUGGCCGUCAGUUUGUCUACAUGCAGUACGCUGGACAUGGAUCAGUUUAUGAAAAAGCGCAUAGAAGCCAUCCGGGGACAGAUACUGAGCAAGCUGAAGCUCACAAGCCCCCCGGAGACAUACCCCAAACCCGAGGAGGUGUCGCGGGAUAUCAUCGCCAUCUAUAACAGCACGAGGGACCUGUUGCAGGAGAAAGCCAACGAACGGGCAGCAACGUGUGAGCGCCAACGAAGCGAGGAGGAGUACUAUGCAAAAGAGGUUCACAAAAUCGACAUGCAACCCCCCUACCCCUCUGAGAAUGUCAUCUCUCCCACGCACUACAACCCGUACUACAGACGGCUCACCUUCGACGUGACCUCCAUGGAGAAGAAUGCCUCUAACCUGGUCAAGGCUGAGCUACGAGUCUUCCGCCUCCAGAACACCAAGGCCCGCGUGUCUGAACAGAGGAUUGAGCUGUACCAGAUUUUAAGUCACAAGGACCUGGCUUCCCCGACGCAGCGCUACAUCGACAGCAAGGUGGUGCGCACGCGCAUGGAGGGGGAGUGGCUGUCUUUUGAUGUGACAGAGGCAGUCAGUGAAUGGUUGCUUCACAGAGACAGAAACAGUGGAUUCAAGAUCAGCUUGCACUGUCCGUGCUGCACGUUUGUUCCCUCAAACAACUACAUCAUCCCCAAUAAGAGUGAGGAGCUGGAAACCCGCUUUGCAGGUAUAGAUGACAGCUUCCACCACAGCGGAGACCUGAAGGUGUAUAGGAAACGGCGCCACAGCGCCCAGGCUCCACACCUGCUCAUGAUGCUGCUGCCCUCCUACCGCCUGGAGUCCCAGCACAAGAGCCACCGCUCCAAACGAGCCCUGGACGCUGCCUUCUGCUCCAGAAAUGUCCAGGAUAACUGCUGCUUGCGGUCGCUCUACAUCGACUUCAAGAAGGAUCUGGGCUGGCGGUGGAUCCACGAGCCCAAGGGUUACAACGCUAACUUCUGCGCCGGGGCCUGUCCCUAUCUAUGGAGCGCUGACACCCAGCAUUCCAAGGUGCUAGGUCUGUACAACACCAUCAACCCGGAGGCGUCAGCGUCGCCCUGCUGUGUGUCUCAGGAUCUGGAACCUCUCACCAUCCUCUACUACAUCGGCAAGACCCCCAAGAUAGAGCAGCUCUCCAACAUGAUCGUCAAGUCCUGCAAGUGCAGCUAGGAACUGUUACAAGGCAACACACAUUCAGUCACACACAUUCAUACACACGUGCAUAUUCAGUCACACACACACACACACUUGGAUAAACACAC